AUGAUAAAGUCACUGAGUGUGUCGUCCGAAUCCUCCCUGCCCUCCCCGGAGGAUGACUCGGACUCGGUGUGCUCCGACGAGCUGCUGGGCUCUCAGUCCCGCCGCUGGCUGGCGGACCUCCUGACCGGGGACCUGCCCGCGGAGAACGAGGACGUGAAGCUCGUCGGCCGGAACGGGCUGUUCGUGGACUACCACUUCCCCCUGGGAGAGCUGGAGCUGCAGGCCGUGGUCAAGUGGAAGCGACCAGUGUUGGCAGACACCAGCGUAGAGGCACGGCUCAGGGAUCUUGGUUUUGGGUACAGGGCUCGGUUCCUUCAGCAGAGCGCUAAGCAGAUUUUAGACUCUCAUGGGAUCCAGUGGCUUGAAGGUUUGCGCAGUGCCCCAUAUCUGCAGGCCCGUGAUGCUUUGCGCACCCUUCCUGGUGUCGGCACCAAGGUGGCAGACUGUGUUUGUCUGAUGUCCCUGGAUAAGGCAGAGGCCGUGCCCAUAGACACUCACGUGUGGCAGAUUGCUAAACGUGACUACAACUAUGGAUCUGGCAACGGACAGAAGACUAUCACAGAUAAACUUCAUAGAGAUAUUGGUACGGUAGAUAGUCAUGUACUUCGUUAGAAAAUUUGUAGUGCCACACUCAUUAUC